AGCACUCGGCGGCGGCCGUCCUGAGGCGGUUUCAGUCUGUGGUCUUUCCCCCCUCCCCCCGGUCCCUCAGCCCGCCUUCCAUUACGGGGACGCGAGCUCCCGCCUCACGCGACGACAGGCCGGCUGAGGGGCGAAGGGCGGCGGCUGAGGGGAGGCCCAAGCCCUUCCUCGCUCCCCCUCAGCUGCCCAGAGGCGCCUCGGAGCGGGGGAAGAAGAAAGCGGCGGCGGCGACGGGACCGCACCGUGUUCCCACUGAGGCGGCAUCUGAGGUUUUGUAGCGCUUUCCUGAGCAUGAGUUCAGAAUGAAGCGGCGAUUGGAUGAACAGGAGUCACCGGUAUAUGCGUCGCAGCAGAGACGUAUUGCCAGCAACACAGAGCCCUUCCAGCACCAGCAUCGUGUGCUUGCUCCAGCCCCCCCUGUAUAUGAGUCUGUUUCAGAGAACAUGCAAUCUGCUACUGGAAUCCAGUACUCCGUAACUCCCAGCUACCAGGUGUCAACAGUGCCACAGAGCUCUAGCAGUCAUGGGCCCGCACUUGCCACUGUCCACAGCGGGCAUCAUCACACCACCCCAGUCCAGCCGCAUGGAAGCCAGGUGGUGCAAGGACAUGCUCAUCCAACCCCCCCAGCAGCACCCGUGCAGGGGCAGCAGCAGUUCCAGAGGCUCAAGGUGGAGGAUGCCCUCUCCUAUCUUGACCAGGUGAAGCUGCAGUUUGGUAGCCAGCCUCAAGUCUACAACGACUUCUUGGAUAUAAUGAAGGAGUUCAAAUCUCAAAGCAUUGACACUCCAGGCGUGAUCAGCCGCGUGUCUCAGCUGUUCAAGGGCCACCCGGACUUGAUCAUGGGCUUCAACACCUUCUUGCCCCCUGGCUACAAAAUCGAAGUGCAGACCAACGACAUGGUGAAUGUAACGACACCGGGCCAGGUCCACCAGAUCCCCACCCACGGCCUGCAGCCCCAGCCGCCACCUCAGCCGCAGCAUCCGUCUCAACCCUCAGCACAGUCAGCCCCUACUCCAGCUCAGCCAGCCCCACAGCCACCCCCUGCCAAGAUCAGUAAGCCAUCCCAGUUGCAAACACAUACGCCAACCAGUCAGCAGACUCCCCCACUUCCAUAUGCCUCGCCUCGCUCCCCACCGGUGCAGCCCCACACGCCUGUGACCAUCUCCAUUGGAACCACGCCGUCCCUCCAGAAUAACCAGCCUGUUGAGUUUAAUCAUGCCAUCAACUAUGUCAACAAGAUCAAGAAUCGGUUCCAAGGACAGCCAGACAUUUACAAGGCUUUCUUGGAGAUUCUCCAUACUUACCAGAAAGAGCAGCGGAAUGCCAAGGAAGCGGGAGGGAACUACACACCAGCUUUGACAGAGCAGGAGGUGUACGCCCAAGUGGCCCGCCUGUUCAAGAACCAGGAGGACCUACUUUCAGAAUUUGGGCAGUUCUUGCCAGAUGCAAACAGCUCAGUGCUGUUAAGCAAAACAACCGCAGAGAAAGUGGAGUCUGUGAGAAAUGACCACGGGGGCACAGUCAAGAAGCCCCAGCUCAACAGCAAGCAGCAAAGACCUAAUCAGAACGGCUGUCAGAUCCGGCGGCACACCGCAGCUGGAACAACCCCUCCGGUGAAGAAAAAACCAAAGCUUCUUAAUUUGAAGGACCAGUCCUUGGCAGAUGCCAGCAAACAUGGCGUGGGGACCGAGUCUUUGUUCUUUGACAAGGUCCGCAAAGCUCUGCGCAGUACAGAAGCAUACGAGAAUUUCCUUCGUUGUCUGGUCAUUUUUAAUCAGGAAGUGAUCUCCCGAGCUGAGCUGGUACAGCUAGUUUCUCCGUUUUUGGGGAAGUUCCCAGAGCUGUUUACUUGGUUUAAGAACUUUCUGGGCUACAAAGAGUCUGCACACUUGGAGACCUUUCCUAAGGAACGAGCAACAGAGGGGAUAGCUAUGGAGAUAGACUAUGCCUCUUGCAAGAGGCUGGGCUCCAGCUACAGAGCCUUGCCAAAGAGCUACCAGCAGCCCAAGUGCACUGGCCGGACUCCGUUGUGUAAGGAGGUUUUGAAUGACACCUGGGUCUCCUUUCCUUCGUGGUCUGAAGAUUCCACUUUUGUGAGCUCCAAGAAGACCCAGUAUGAAGAGCACAUCUACCGAUGCGAAGACGAACGAUUCGAGCUGGAUGUUGUCUUGGAGACCAAUCUUGCAACCAUCAGAGUCCUUGAGACGAUACAGAAAAAACUCUCCCGCUUAUCCGCUGAGGAGCAAGCCAAAUUCCGGCUGGACAAUACCUUGGGGGGCUCUUCGGAAGUAAUCCACCGCAAGGCGUUGCAGAGGAUAUAUGCUGAUAAGGCAGCCGACAUCAUUGAUGGUCUUAGAAAGAAUCCAUCUGUUGCGGUCCCUAUUGUGUUGAAAAGGUUAAAAAUGAAAGAGGAGGAAUGGCGAGAAGCUCAGAGAGGAUUCAACAAAGUAUGGCGGGAACAGAACGAGAAGUACUACCUAAAAUCCCUUGACCACCAAGGGAUUAAUUUUAAGCAGAACGACACCAAGGUCUUAAGGUCAAAGAGUCUGCUCAGUGAGAUCGAGAGCAUUUAUGAUGAGAGGCAAGAACAGACUUCUGAAGACAACACUGGCCCUCAUCUGUCGCUAGCUUAUGAGGAUAAACAAAUCCUCGAUGACGCCGCCUCUCUGAUCAUCCACCAUGUGAAGAGGCAGACGGGCAUCCAGAAGGAAGACAAGUACAAAAUCAAGCAGAUCAUGUACCACUUCAUCCCAGACCUGCUCUUUGCUCAGCGGGGCGAGCUCUCUGACGUGGAGGAGGAGGAAGAGGAGGAGAUGGAUGUGGACGAAGGCUCCGGGGCCGUGAAGAAGCACAACGGUGUCGGUGGAAGCCCCCCCAAAGCCAAGCUGUUCUUCAGCAGCAUGGCAGCCCAGAAGCCGCGCGGGAUGGACGAAGUCUACAACCUCUUCUACGUCAACAACAAUUGGUACAUCUUCCUGCGCCUUCACCAGAUCCUGUGCUUGCGGCUGCUGCGAAUAUACACCCAGGCCGAGCGGCAGAUAGAAGAGGAGAGCCGGGAAAGGGAAUGGGAGCGGGAAGUCCUGGGCGUCAAGCGAGACAAGAGCGACAGUCCAGCCAUCCAUUUGCGGCUGAAGGAGCCCAUGGAUAUUGAAGUGGAAGACUAUUACCCUGCUUUCCUGGAGAUGGUGCGGAACUUACUGGAUGGUAACAUGGACUCGUCCCAGUACGAGGAUUCUCUUCGUGAGAUGUUCACCAUCCAUGCCUACAUUGCCUUUACUAUGGACAAGCUGAUUCAAAGUAUUGUUCGACAGCUUCAGCACAUAGUGAGCGAUGAGAUCUGUGUGCAGGUGACGGAGCUUUACCUGUCCGAGAACACCAACGGCGCUACGGGAGGCCUUCUGUCCUCGCAGUCGUCUCGUUCCCUCGUGGAGACGGCGUACCAACGCAAAGCUGAGCACCUCAUGCAAGACGAGAACUGCUUCAAGCUAAUGUUCAUCCAGAGUAGAGGCCAAGUUCAGUUAACUAUUGAGCUGCUGGACACGGAAGAGGAGAACUCGGACGAUCCUGUCGAAGCUGAGCGUUGGACUGACUAUGUCGAUCGUUACGUCAGUCCUGAUUCUACCUCUCCUGAACUGCGGGAACAGCUGGCUCAGAAACCAGUCUUUCUGCCAAGAAACUUGAGGCGGAUCCGCAAGUGCCAGCGAGGUCGGGAGCAGCAGGAGAAGGAAGGAAAGGAGGGGAACAGUAAGAAGCCCCUGGACACUGUGGAGAGCUUAGACAAGCUGGAGUGUAAAUUUAAGCUCAACUCCUAUAAGAUGGUGUAUGUGAUCAAAUCGGAGGAUUACAUGUACCGGAGGACGGCUCUGCUGCGUGCUCAUCAGUCCCACGAAAGAGUAAGCAAGAGGCUGCACCAGAGAUUCCAAGCCUGGGUGGACGCAUGGACCAAGGAGCACGUGACCCGCGAAAUGGCUGCCGAAACCAGCAAGUGGCUGAUGGGUGAAGGGUUGGAAGGCUUGGUGCCUUGCACCACAACUUGCGAUGUGGAGGAACUGCACUUUGUGAGCAUUAACAAGUACCGCGUGAAGUACGGCACAAUAUUCAAGACUCCUUAAACUCCGAGGGGGAGAGGAAAAUUCAGUUUGGGGGCAGCGGCGGGGCGGGAGUGGGGGAGACGCGUGUCCAUGUGCGUGUGCAUCAAGGAGAAACCUGGACGAUGCCUCCCCCCGUCCUCUUUCUCCCACACCCUCCGUGUCUCUCCAUAACAGCCACUUCUCAACUAGUUCAUAGCUGGUCCAUCCUGUCGCCCCAGCGGGGGGGUGGCUUUCCCAACAUCUUACCUUGAGAAGCUGAGUUGGAACUGUUGCCAAGGAGCCGAAACUUAACAUGUGCACAAUGACUUGGGGGGAGGGGGAAGGGGUGCAGAGAGGAAAAUCCGAGUCCCCGUAGGUGAACCUGCCUUGCCUGUUCACACCAGCAGCAAUCCUCCCCAACAGUACAGGCGUCAAGGAUAGCAGGUGCUACACAGAGCCUCAGCGGAUAUUGGUGCAGGUAACCACACACACACACACACACACAAAAGAAAUUAAAAAAGGCUUGUGGCCAAAGUAUCUUCACUCGGAAUCCCUGAAAUGGAAGUCUGAACAGGACAAGCCCUUGCUGCCACCAACUUUUCUGGACUCCUCCUUCAGGUCUCUGGGCACCGCAGUCCAGCCAUCGGAAAUAUCAGCUCAUGAAUCGACGCCCCCCUCGCCCAUACGGCUCUUCUCUCAUUCUUGCUGUUUCCCUUUUUGUGACUUGGACUCUUGACUUGCAUAAACCAAUUAAGAUUGGUCUGUCCUUUCUAGUGCCAGUGGAGCUAUUGUUUUAUUUGGGGUUGGGGGGUUUUUUUUGACUUUUUUUUUUGUACCGGCUUGUUUGUUUAUUAGUCUCUCUUAGUGCCACGCACCAGCUACUCACACACCCACCCACAAACACACAAAGUUAUAUACAUACACCUGAGCUUUCACAAUAGCAACAACCAAUUUUGAAACGGUUUCCUCCACCUUUUUUUUUUGUAAAUAAAUGUACAUAUUUGUCAAUUUUUUUGUUUUUUAUUAAAGAAAGUCUGCUCAAUGCGCUAGUAUUACCAUUACUAGCUUCUCGUGUACCUUAGUACCAGUUGGUUUCAGGUUUUAGCACCUAUGGACGAGAACGAUGACAUUUUAUUACACUUUCUACCAAAGGGAGUUAUCAUUGUAGUGCUUUGUGUGAAAAAAUUUGUUUUUCUCUCCUUUUGUACAAAAAAAAAUACAAAAAUUAAUAAUAAUACAUCUUGGGUUCUUACUAGAGAGAGACAUGCGGCUUGCCAGUUCCCUUGCUGUGUGUCUGAGAGAUGUGUUGAAAUUUGUGGGCAAAGGGGGGGCACCUAAUCCAUCUGUAUUCUUGACUUCAAAUAGAAGGGGAGAAGACACGAGUGAGUGUGUGUAAGAGAGUGUGUCUGUGUUGUGGCUUAACAUGACCGUAUUUCCAGCAGCUUGUUUGAUAUGUGAAUAUAUGUUGUACAAUUUUUAUUUCCUUUUUUGAGGUGGGGUGGCUUCUUACCCAUCUUGUCUUCCAGCUCAGAAAAAAAUGCACUUUUGGGAAGUGCUGAUGAGCUACCUAGCUGGGUUUGGCUGUACUCCCCCUCCCCACUGUGAGUAUUGGAGAAAAUAAGUACCAAACCAGUAUUUGACAGAGCUGCUUUAUAUAUAGGAGUGAGUGUGCCCGGGGGUGGAUGGAGUACAGAGGGGAAGAAUAAAGGAAGUGGGUGGUGGGCCUUUUUUGUGUGUGAUUUCAGUAGUGAAAUAUACCAGCGUAAAUAUCUAUUUUUUUAAAAAAAGCUUGGUGAUAGCGGAUGGCUAAGAAAAUAUUGAGCAAGACCAGCUCCUUUAAAAGGAAGUUUCUGUGAAUUUUGUAGUGGCAGCCAACUCAUUGUCUCUUCCUCAUCUGAAAGGAAGCGUCGUUAACUUGGGCUAAGCAAGAACACCAGGGGAGCAAGAGAUGAGGCACCUUUCUGGAGUUUCUUCUUUUUGCUCUCCUUUCCCCUAGGCUUGCUAAUUUAAAGCAAUCCCGGGGAUUUCCAGUCAGGUAGCUGCCCCCUUCCCCCCCCCAGAACAGCAUUGUCAUGAUCCAAGAAAAAGAGAUGGAGAAGAGAGUCCCGGAGGGAAUUCUUUUCUGCUGCCUGAGAUACCCGAGCAGAAAGGUGUGGGGUGGGCCAGGUAUGUGCAAGGGGAGAGAUCCACUUGCGAUGGCUAAAACAGUGAGCAGGUGCCCAGCUGGGGGGAGUUCUUAACAGUAUGCCAGCAAUAAGCUUUUCUCCCCCCCCCCUGCUGCCUUCCCUCAUCUUGUUCCAAGAGGGGUUUGGAAGGGAAGGGAAACUACUUUGUCCUCUUCCAUUGUGCAGGGUCGUCAUGCAAUUCCCUGCUCUUCUCUUGGAUGCGUCUCCCCCCUGCCCUAUCCUAUGCGCAUUAAGAAAUUAGUUUGGAUUUUUUUUGCCAGCUUGGAAACUAGCAACGGCCGUUAACCAGCACUUUCUGAAGAAGCAUCUAGGGAAGGCAGGGUGGAAUUCUUGCAGCCGAAAGAAUCCAGGAAUAAGAGAAAUCAUGCCCGGUUGUAAAACAAACGCCACCAUCUCCUCCUGGAGCAGGGUUUCCUAACACAUUUCCCCUUUUCUCCCUUCCCCGCCCCCAAUCCUGAUGUCUUGACAUCUGAGCUCCAAGCUCAAAUCCUGGCCUGUACAAUAGUAAAAGAUCCCCCCCCUCCUUUUAUUAUUUUAAAUUGGUUUUUUUUUUUUGUAUUCUGUACCGUGAUCCUUCUGCCACUUAUUCAUGUGAUUAUUUCUAUACAGAUGUUGUAAACUUGACUGUAGUGCAGUAUUUCCAUUAAAA